AUGAAGUUCUCCCACCUCCUCUCCCUCGUCGCGCUCUCUCUGACCCUCACCUCCUCCGCUCAAGACGUCAACGCCGACGUAGACACCGAUGUCGAAGCACAGGGCCGACCUGGCACGCCCGUCACCCGCCUUCCCCUGGUCGACUCCAAGCAACUCCAGCGCCGCAUCUCCCGCCGCGCACUCUUCCGACACGCCCAACAACUCCAAAGGUUCGCCGAGCUGAGCGACCGCAGGCCCAACCGUGCUUUCGGAUCCAAGGGGCACAACGCGACUGUCGCGUGGAUCAAGCGUCUGCUCGACGACACUGGGUAUUAUGAUACUUACCUGGAGACUCUGCCGUAUCAGUAUGCAGAGUCGGAUUCGCAGUUUAGCGUUGUUGGUGGGGAGACGUAUCCCACCAAGUCGUUCUUUUAUGCGGUUAGUGGGAAUGUGACUGCCCCGCUUUAUGCGCUUGAUUCGUUUGGGUGUUCUGCUGAUGACUUCCCCGAGGAAGUCGAAGGUAAACUCGUCCUUAUCUCUCGUGGAGAGUGUACCUACGGCUUCAAGGUCGCUUAUGCCGGGGCGGCCAAAGCUGCGGGUGUUAUCGUGCACAACGACCUCGAUCCCGAGCUUUCCGGUGGUUCUCUUGGAGGGGUGACCCGUCCUGAGGGCCCGUACGUCCCUGUGGGCAGUAUCUCUGGUGUCGCUGGUCGUGCUCUUCGCGAGAGGUUGGAAGCUGGGGAGGAGAUCAUGGGCAAGCUUGAUGCGUAUGGUAUGGUCGAGCAGCGCUAUUCCAGCAACUUGAUCGCCACCACCAAGCAUGGCGACAAGAAUAACAUCGUCUUUAGUGGUGCGCAUUCUGAUUCGGUGCCCAGUGGGCCUGGCAUCAACGACGACGGCUCCGGCACCAUCGCUAACCUCGAGAUCGCCCUCCAGCUGACCAAAUUCCGCGUCAACAACGCUGUACGCUUCGGCUGGUGGACAGCUGAAGAAUUCGGGCUCAUCGGCUCCGCCUACCACGUCCGCAACCUCCCCUCUGCCGAGCGCGAGAAGAUUGCGCUGUACUUGAACUUUGACAUGAUCGCUUCGCCGAAUUCGGGGUAUUUGAUCUACGAUGGCGAUGGUGAUACGUUUAACAUCCCUGGGCCGGCUGGAAGCGCGCAGAUCGAGAGGCUGUAUGAGGACUUUUUCAAGGAGCGGGAGUUGGUUAGUAAGCCUACCAACUUUAGUGGAAGGAGUGAUUAUGGGCCGUUUUUGGAGUAUGGUAUUCCCUGUGGUGGGCUUUUCACGGGUGCGGAGGGUAUCAAGUCGAGGGAGGGAGCUGAAUGGUGGGGAGGGGAUGCUGGUGUAGCCUACGACGAGUGCUACCACAUGCAUUCGCACUCGAUUGCGACCUAUGCUAGGUCGCUCCGAGGCAUCCCCCGCGAGCCUCGCGAGGUUGGCAUCCAAUCCGAGAAAAAGUUGUUGCACGUCGAUACUUUGAGCUAUGAGGAGCGUCGUCAUUAUGGGUGCAACAAUCAUGAAGUAUCUUGGGAGUAA